AUGAAUUUUCAGGCAGAGUUACCUUGCCAGACCAACGAGCAUCCACUGGAAUUCACUUAUGUUUUUUCAUAUUUUAUUAGACCUCAAGGUAAAUUCGAUCCUGAAGACUAUGCGCUUUACGUGCAACCUGUCGCAUCGUUUAAUUCGGUGGAACAAUUCUGGAGAACUUAUUUGCAUUUAAAGCGGCCAUCAGAUGUAACUGAUAAAGUUGAUUUCCACAUGUUUAAAAAAGGAAUCAAACCAGUUUGGGAAGAUGCUGCUAACUGUAAAGGUGGUAAAUGGAUUUUACGCUUAAAAAAAGGUUUAUCAUCAAGAAUAUGGGAAAAUCUAUUGCUAGCGAUGAUUGGCGAACAGUUUUUGGUUGGCGAAGAAAUAUGCGGCGCAGUUUGUUCGAUUCGCAAUCAGGAAGAUAUCGUAUCACUGUGGAAUCGUACUUCAGACAACGUUGGUACGACAAAUAGAAUACGCGAUACGUUGAGGCGUGUGCUCAAUUUACCUGUUAAUGCUGUUCUCGAAUACAAACGUCAUGAUGAUUGCUUGAAGUAUAUUCUUUCAAAUGCCACUUUUUCAUUAUUUUCGCUUACUUAUUUUGAUUGA